CUCUCUGUGUGUGUGUGUGUCUCCGACUUCUUUCGCCUUCUCUCCCGCCUUGCGGGGCUGCCUCCCUUCUGCAUCAGGGGACAGAGACAGCGAGGGUCGAAGCGUGACCACGGACGGAGGAAGGAAGGAAGGAAGGAAGGAAGGAAGGAAGGAAGGAAGGAAGGAAGGAAGGAAGGAAGGAAGGAAGGAAGGAAGGAAGGAAGAGCGCCCUCCCCGCCUGCCCACCCGCCUCUGCUGGGAGUUUGCUCCGAAAGCAGGACCCACAGGGUCUUUCCCCCCUGCAGCCUAAAGGGAUCUGCUUCUCUUCGGCGUUUUGGGACGCCACUGUUGGGGUCUUCCCUGGGAGGAAGCGAUGCCGAGGGUCGUGGGCGCGGUGGGGCUGAUGCUAAGCGCGGUCUUCCUGGGUGCGAUGCUGGAUGGGCUCCCGCUGAGGAGGAUGCGUCAUCCGGGCCCCAAAGAGCGCGACUACACGCUGGUGGAGAUCUCUACUUCAUCUGACAUGGCUUCAAUCAAAGGAGAAGAGAUACCUCAGUCUAACAAGGUACGGAACCUGAGGCGAAACGGGCGAGCCAUGCCACGUCGACAGAAGCGCCGCUGGCCAUUGCAUCAUACCUCCAAGAACCAGUUGCAGUCUCUCCAGUCGGGUGGCACAGUUCAGGAGGAGAGCACACCCUUUGUGCUGGACUUACAGAACCUACCAGGCUUAGCUAACGUGGAUCUGAGUGCCCAGAAUCCAAACAUCCAGGUAACCAUAGAGGUAGUGGAUGAUCCUCAGGCUGAGAUGGAGAUGGACUUGCUGAAGGAGACUAGGAAUGAUUGGUCUCUGACUUCCUCAGAGUGGCUAUCCCAUAAAGACCUCUUCUGGCCGCUUUUCUGGGAGUAUACAGACCCUGUGGAAGAGGACAAUGAAGACGACAACUUGGAUACAAAGAGCAGGGGUGACGAAGAAGAAGAGGAGGACUAUACUUCAGAGUAUGAUGAGGAGGAGACAGUUCUGAGUGGAGUGGGAGGUGACUGGGAUCAGAGGUGGCCCAAUCAGAAGAACUGGAUCUUCAAAGAAAAGUAUAAGUAUGAUUAUGAAGAUGAAGAGGAAUGGAGUCCCUGGUCUCCCUGCACUGUAACUUGUGGCAAUGGCAACCAGAAGAGGACUCGUUCUUGUGGCUAUGCCUGCACUGCCACUGAAUCAAGAACUUGUGACUUGCACCAGUGCCCUGGAGCAGAUGGGGAGUUGGAGCUCACAACUGAAGAGUCACCGCAUGAAGCAGAAAAUUCUACAGGGAUCGUAAACCCAGAUGUAGACAGCUGUGAGAAGUGGCUCAACUGCAAGAGUGACUUCCUCAACAAAUACAUAAGCAAGGUGCUCUCAGACUUGCCCAGUUGCCCUUGCUCCUACCCCUUGGAAGCAGUGUACAGUGCUGUCAACUUGCGGGAUGAGCGGCAAGGCAAGAACUUCCGCUGGCGGGAUGCCAGUGGGCCCAAGGAGCGCCUGGACAUCUACAAGCCCACUGCCCACUUCUGCUUGCGCUCCAUGCUCUCUCUUGACAGCACUACGCUGGCGGCGCAGCACUGCUGCUAUGACGAGAACACCAAGCUCAUUACGCGAGGCAAAGGGGCUGGAGCCCCCAACCUCAUCAGUACAGAGUUCUCCCCUGAGUUGCACUACAAGGUGGACACACUACCGUGGAUUCUCUGCAAAGGUGACUGGAGCAGGUACCAUGCAGUGCGGCCUCCCAAUAAUGGGCAGCAGUGUGCUGACAACCCAUCAGAGGAUGAAUAUCUUUCUCAGCUACAGGAAGCCAGAGAAUAUUAGCACCUCCAGAAAAGGA